CAUAACUUAAAGUAAACAAUCUAAGGCAAUAACUUUAUACGACUUUUGAAUUACGAGAGAGACGCCAAGCGAUAAAUCUUUAUCUAUAACAACACUACGUCCGUCUUGAUUUGUAAAUUGGCUGCGAAUUAAAUUUUUUGCCGGCGUUCGGAAGCAUAUCCAGGUAUUAGAGAGUCUCUCUUUGCUUCAUUCAAACGUCUACUGAAAUAUAUCGUUUUCGUCGAAAUUGGUAAAUUCGAAUCCACCAAAGUUGUGCUAAAGACUGUUUAAAUCUUCCAUUGUCACUCGUCUCAGUGGAAAUUACAAAGAAAUUUUGUAGGAUAACAAGAGUAUAGUAAAAGUUGGUGCAUCAUAAACGGUAAGCGGUUUAAUACAUCUUUAUUACAUCAUACAUUCUUACCAGCUUUCUAAAAGGUUGCUUGUAUGUUUAACUAUACAUCGAUAUUCUUUGCUUUUUCUUUCUUGGUCGUUGAAAAAUAGUCCAACAGCCUUGCUCGUCAUGACUUUGGGGAACAAAUCUUCGGUUUGUCUUCAAUUUUUCCUUUACUUUGCGACCGAAAUAUUUAAUCUCCUGACCGACGUCGGCUUGUACAUCGACAGCUCAAGCAUUCUCUCCGAAUGUGACGACGUCAUUGACAUGAAAAACUCGAGUGAACUCAACGGCGUUGGGGAUUCAGUGAAAUGUUCCGAUGGAGGAAACUUCACUUCGAGCGCUCUGAAGAACGCCAAAACGGAUUUGAUCAUACUACAGUUGACUCUGGCCGGAUUCUUCGUCUGUGGCGCUGUGUUGUUUAUCUCUCAAGUCGUUAUCUACUGUAAAUAUUUCAAGGCCGCACGAAGUCACUCCUUUGAGUACGACUGUGAAAACUCGGAGUUCUUAAAAAGUUUCUAUAAAAUUCACGGUUUCAUUUUGGGCUUUGGCACCAUUCUUCACGACAUUCCAGUCGGGCUGAUCGUUGUCGAGCUUUGCGUUCUUGUAUGGCAACAACCAAACUGCUGGGAAUGUGUCAAAAUAUUUUCCUCGACAAGUUUCUCAGAAGUCUCGCUCUCAAAAACCAAUCUUUGGCUGGGAAUAAAACUGGGCUCAUUGGCGCCGAUAACGUUUUAUAAAGGUAUGCUUCCACUUUUCAUGUGGAUUGGUGGCCCGUUCUGUGGCAUGGAUUGCUAUAUAUGUCGUGUGUGUACUGUGCUUCCUAGUGGAUUUCUUGCCACUGUGCUGUUGCUGACCCCAAUCUGUGGUGUGAUUACGUACCGACUCGAGCCGAUUGCAACAGGCAUUGAUAACAGUGUUGUCAGCACUGUCUGGUCGAUUGGACUUAUAUUCUGGGUUAUAGCAAUUAUUAUCGGCAUCUUUCUUUGCGUGUGCUGCGUGCCAGCUUGUCGAGUUUGCUGUUUCAGAUACGGCAUAUGCAAAUGGUGUGGGUUGGACUGCUGUGGCCUGGGGAAGACUGACCGCGAGGAGAAGAAGGAUAAAGCCGAGGCGUAGCUUUGGCGUAAAUCUGUAGCUUUAUAAGUCUGUUGCUUCAUGGUGAUCAUGAAGGUAGCGUGAUUGGCUACUCGUGAAAUGUACGACAAAUUGAAAAACAUCCACUGUUUGCCUUCUUGCGCUCAGGUAGUCGUCAUUGUUUAGGGUCUUUCGAUGCCUUGACGGAUUUUGAUUAUGUAUUCAGCUUAACUACAAAACCUUUAUUUUUUAAAUACCUUGACGGUCAUGAAAUACUUGUUGCCAAAUGUAGAGUAAUUAUUAAGCUUUAACGAUUGUUUGUAGAAAGAUAUUUUACACGAAAUUUGAUGGUAGCGUCUUAAUUAAUUCUAUGUAUAGCAUAUGGUAGAGAACAAUCCUUCCACUCUGUAAAGUUGAUCUUCUGUUUGAAACCGUAAUGAACGCAAAUUUAUGGUUGCACUUUCAGACAUAAUACAAAUGACAUUCGACAUCUUUCA